AUGAUAACGAGUCCUCUGUCGUUUCAGCUGACGGUCGACGGGACGGUGACCACCACCGUGCUGGAGGGCCUGACUCCUCUGACCGAGUACGUGGUCAACGUGUACUCCGUGCUCAGUGAGCGGAGCAGCGAGCCGCUGAAGGGCACAGAAACCACCUUGCCGCUGUCAGCUGCGACGAACAUGAACGUGUACGACGAGGCCGUAACCACCAUGUGGGUGAGAUGGGAGCAGGCGGCCGGAGCCUCUGGCUACAUGUUGAUGUACAAAUCCCUCAACGCCACCGAGCCCCAGCUGGAGAAAGAGGUCCGUGUUGGAGCAGAUGUGUCGAGCCAGCAGCUGGUGCAGCUGAUCCCCAACACUGCGUACUCCAUCAACGUGUUCGCUCUGCACGGUGAAGCUGUCAGCGCCCCCCUGGAGGGGACGGGAGUCACCUUGCCCAUGCCUCCUGCUGGAGCCCUGAGGAUCACAGACGUGACUCACAGCACCAUGAGGCUCAACUGGGACGCUGCUCCUGGAGCUGUCCGCAAAUACCUGAUCACCUACAAACCUGAUGAAGGAGAUCUGAAGGAGGCUGAAGUCAACGGUGACAUCACCACCCUGGACCUGACCAGCCUCAUCUCCCAGACCGAGUACGACGUGGCCGUCACCCCGAUGUACGACGAGGGACCUGGAACCACGAUGAUCGGAUCCGCUAUCACAG